AUGUUCAACAACCAACCACGACAGCAGCACCAACCACCACAACUGCAGCACCAACACCACAACUGCAGCACCAACCACCAUGACAGCAGCACCAACAACCACAACCGCAGUACCAACAACCGCAACCACAGCACAAACCACCACAACAGAAGCACCAACCACCACGACAGCAACACCAACAACCACAACUGCAGAACCAACCACCGAAGCUGCAUCACCAACAAACAGAACAGCAGCACCAACCACUACAACUGCAGCACCAACCACCGAAACUCAACACCAACCAGGACAGCAGCACCAACCACCACAACUGCAGCACCAACUACCACAACCACAGCACCAACCACUACAACAGCAACACCAACAACCACAAUCGCAGCACAAACCACCACAACUGCAGCACAAACAACCACAACUGCAGCACCAACAACCUCAACUGCAGCACCAACCACCAAGACAGCAGCACCAACAAUUACAACAUCGACACCAACAACCACAACCACAGCACCAAGCACCACGACAGCAGAACCAACCACACACCAACAACCACAAAAGCAACACCAACCACCACAACCGCAGCACCAACCACCACAACUGCACAACAACCACCACAACGUCAGCACCAACAACUACAACAGCAAUACCAACCACCACAACUGCAGCACCAACAACCACAGCACCAACAACCACAACAGCAGGACCAACAACCACAAUCGCAGCAACAACGGCCACGACAGGAGCACCAACAACCAGAACUACAGCACAAACAACCACGACAGCAGUACCAACAACAAAAAUAGCAGCACCAACAACCACAACAGAAGCAUCAACAACCACAGCACAAACAACCACAACUGCACCAACCACUACAACACCAACAACCACAACCGCAGCAGCAACCACCACGACCGAAGGACCAACCAGCACAACAGCAUCACCAACAACCACAACUGCAGUACCAACAACAGCAACAACCACCACGACGUCAGCACCAACAACUACAACAGCAAUACCAACCACCACAACCACUGCAACAACUACAACAGCAACACCAACCACCACAACCGCAGCACCAACCACCACAACUGCAGCACCAACCACUACAACAGCAACACCAACAACCACAACUCACCAACCACCACAACUGCACCAACCACUACAACACCAACAACCACAACCGCAGCAGCAACCACCACGACCGAAGGACCAACCAGCACAACAGCAUCACCAACAACCACAACUGCAGUACCAACAACAGCAACAACCACCACGACCACCAACAACCACAACCGCAGCACCAACAACCACGACAGCAGGACCAACAACCAUGACAGCAGCACCACCAACCACAACUGCAGAACCAACCACCACAACUGCAGCUCCAACAACCACAACAUCAAUACCAACCACUACAAAACCAACAGCAACAACUGCAGCACCAACAACCACAACCACAGCAACAACAACCAUGACAGCAGCACCAGCCACCACAACUGCAGUAGCAACCACCACGACAGCAUCACCAACAACCACAACAGUGCCAACAACCACAGCAGCUGCAUCAACAACACCAACCACAACAGAAGCACCAGCAACCACAACUGCAGCACUAACCACCACAACAGUAGCACCAACAACCACAACAGCAACGCCAACCACCACGACAGCAGCACCAACAACCACAACAGCUGCACCAACAACCACAACAGCAGUGCCAACAACCACAAUUACAGCACCAACAUCCACAACCGCAGCACCAACCACCACAACAGCAGCAGAAACCACCACAUCAGAGCCAACCACCACAGCAGUAGCACCAACCACCACAACUACAGCACAAACAACCACAACAGCAGCACCAACAACAAAAAUAGCAGCACCAACCACCACAACAGCAGCACCAUCCUCCACAACAAAAGGGCCAACAACCAUGACUGCAGGACCAACAACCCAUACACCAGCGCCAACCACCACAAUAGCAGCACAAACCACAUCUGCAGCACCAACCACCACAACAACAGCAUCAACCACAACAACUGGAGCAACAACCAUCACAACUGCAGCACUCACCACCCCAACUGUACACCAACCACAACCACAGCACCAACCACCACAAUAACUCCAGCAACCACAUCUGCAGCACCAACCACCGCUAAUGCUGCAUCAACCACUGCAGCACAAUCCACAACCACAGCUCAAAAUAACACAACAGAAGGCAGCACCAACAACCACAACUGCAGCACCAACAAUAAAUACAGCAUCACCAACCACAACCACAACUUCAGCAAAAACCAUAACUGCUGCAUCAAUCACUACAACACUAGCCCCAUCAGCCACAACCACAGCACCAACAUCAACUGCACCCACCACCACAACAGCAGCACCAACCACUACACCUACAUCACCAUCCACCACAACAGCCACACCAACUACCACAAGGGCAGCACUAACAUCCACAUCUGCAGCACCAACAUCAUUUACGGCAUCACCAACCACCACAACUACAACCACAACCACAGGACCAACAACAACUGCAUCAACCACCACAAUCACAGCACCAACCAGCAUGACUGCAGCACUAACAACCACCAAAGCAGCACCAACCACUGCCACUUCCACGACAGCCACAACACCUGCACCUCCCACCACAACUGCAACAACUACAACCACAGCAACAACUACAACAAUAGCAGUACCAACAAUGACAACUGCAGCAACAACAACUGCAGGACCUACAACCACAACUGCAGUACAAAUCACAACAGCAGCUCCAAUCACAACAAUCGCAGUACCAACCAUCACAGCAGGAGCACCAACAACCACAACAGGAGCACCAUCAACCACAACCUCCACACCAACCCCCAUAAUUGCAGCAACAACCACAACAGCAGCUCCAACUAUCAAACUACAGCAGCAACAACCACAACCGCAACACUAACAACCUCUACUAUGGGACCAAUAACUACUACUGCAGCAGCAACAAUCACCACAAUAACAACCACAGUUGCUGCAACAACUACCACAACCUCAGCACAAACAACCACAACUGCAUCACCAACAACCAAAACUGCAGCAGCAACAACCACAACUGCAGUACAAACCACAACAUCCACAGCAACCUCGAAAGGACAGCCAGACACAGACUGGCGACCUGUCCAGGGUCACCCUGCCUCCCGCCCGGAACGCAACUGGAAAAAUGCACCAGUAACUGCCGACCAUUCUUGGGACAAGGAACCAAGAGAACGAACCUGCUGGAUCCACCUGAUUAUCACAAUGAAUAUGAUCUUUUCUCUGACUCUCAUCUUGAUGCUGUUUAGCAAUGCUGGAGCCCUGACAUGUAACACCUGCUCAGAUCUGGCAUGUUCAACCUCAAAAUCAGUCAAAUGUGGAACUGAGCCUAUGUGUAUAACAGCUACUAUCCAGGUAAAUACAUUUGGGACUAGAGAAACACAAAUCAUCAAACAAUGUGCAGCGUCCUCUCUGUGUCCGGCUACAGGCACCUCGACUUUUUCAGUCAACUUGGGUUCUCAAAGUGCAAUUGCAACUGCUGAGUGCUGCAGCACCAACAACUGCAACUCAAAGACACUGACUGCUCCCAACCCUCAACCCACUACAUCCUUUCAGUGCAACGUUUGUGACCCCGCAACAUCUCAGUGCACCACUCCAAUAAAUUGCACAGGAGAUGAGACCAACUGCUUCUCUGCAACUUUGAACAAUGGAACAAGCACAUUUCCUGCACUGGGUUGUGCAUCACCAAAUACCUGUACAGCUGCUUCAGGAUUGGGAAGUUUGCCAUUCAUGCAAAGUGUUGGUUCAAUCACCAGUGGACCAACAUGCUGUACAACCGGUCUGUGCAAUGUUCAACAACCAACCACAACAGCAGCACCAACCACCACAACCACAGCACCAACCACUACAACAGCAGCACCAACAACCACAAUCGAAGCACAAACCACCACAACAACAGCACCAACAACCACAACCGCAGUACCAAUCACCACGACAGCACCAACAACCACCACUGCAGCACCAACAACCACAGCACCAACCACCACAACAGCAGCACCAACAACCACAACUGCAGCACCAACCACCACAACAGCAGCGCCAACAACCACAACAGCAGCACCAACAACCACAACCGCAGCACCAACAACCACAACUGCAGCACCAACCACCACAACAGCAGCGCCAACAACCACAACCGCAGCACCAACAACCACAACUGCAGCACCAACCACCACAACAGCAGCACCAACAACCGCAACCGCAGUACCAACAACCACAACCGCAGCACAAACCACCACAACAGAAGCACCAACCACCACGACAGCAGCACCAACAACCACAACUGCAGCACCAACCACCACUACAGCAGCGCCAACAACCACAACAGCAGCACCAACCACCACGACACAAGCACCAACAACCACAACUGCAGCAACCACAACAACAGCAGCACCAACAACCACAACCGCAGCACCAACAACCACAACAGCAGCACCAACAACCACAACUGCAGUACCAAUAACCACAACUGCAGCACAAACCACCACAACAGAAGCACCAACCACCACGGCAGCAGCACCAACAACCACAACUGCAGCACCAACCACAACAGCAGCGCCAACAACCACAACAGCAGCACCAAUAACUACAACUGCAGCACCAUCCACCACAACCACAGCAACAACCACAACAACUGCAGCUCCAACCACAACAGCUACACCAGCACAGUCUGUCCCCACGACAUCAAUCACCAGUAGUGCUUCUGUUAUCAGAAUGGGAGUUCUUCAUGUCUUACUUUUACUUUCUAUUCCUAGGCGAAAAUUCAAGCUGGGAGAUGGAACACAGCUGAUCCUCAUCAUCCUCCACGCCCCAGCCGCUGCUAAUCAGGUCUGGCGCACUGCAGCGCUCCAGCCAAUCACCGUCCACGAAUCCCUUCGGUCUUCCCGCUUACUGCUGCUGAUGGCAGCAACAUCCUCCUUCGUCCCGGCAGACACCUUCCAGGUUCUCUCUGCAUUCCUUUACCUCAAGACUCGCUCCAUCACCAGGAUUCGAAAGGGGGGGAGAAGACUGCCUGAGCUUCGCCGAGCCGACCACCUGCCCUUGGUGAUCCUCAGCUCAGUUGUCUUCUAUUGGCAAGGCUGGAGCCCUGACAUGUAUGACCUGCACAGACCAGAUGUGUACAAGCACACUACUCAACCUGGGAUUUCAGUAACACAGCUCUACAAAGCCUGUGCAGCUUCCUCUCUGUGUCCGGCUACAGGCUCUUCAAGAUUUUCAGUCAACUUGGGAUCCCAAAGUGCAAUUGCAUCUGCUCAGUGCUGCAACACAGACAACUGCAACUCACAGAUUCUGGAUGACCCCAGUUCUCAGUCUGCUAACUCCCUUCAAUGCCUUGUUUGUGACCCAACAACAUCUCAGUGCACCUCUCCAAUAACCUGUACAGGAGAUGAGACCAACUGCUUCUCUGCAACUUUGAACGAUGGAACAAACACAUUUCCUGCGCUGGGUUGUGCAUCACAAAACACCUGUACAGCUGCUUCAGAUCUGGGAAGUUUGCCAUUCAUGCAGAGUGUUGGUUCAAUCACAAGUGGACCAGCCUGCUGUACAACGAGUUUGUGCAAUGUUCCGAGUGCAACAACCACAUCUGCUGCACCAACCACAACAAUUGCAGCACCAACAACAACAGCACCUCCAACCACCACAACUACAGUAGCAACAACAACGGCUGAACCAACCACCACCACAAUUUCAGCAUCAACGACAACUGCAGCACCACCAACAACAGCACCUCCAACCACCACAACUACAGUGCUAAUCACCACAACUACAGCACCAACAACAACAACAACCACUACAGCUGCUGUACCAACCACAACAACUACAGCACCAACAACAACAACAACCACUACAGCUGCUGUACCAACCACAACAACUACAGCAACAACCAAUGAACCAACAACCACAACUGCAGAACAAACAACCACAACUGAUGCACAAACAACCACAGCAUCAACCACAAUAACCACAGCACCAACAACAACCACAAGACCAACGACCAUAACUGCAGCACAAACAACAACUUCAGCACCAACCACCACAACUACAGCAGUAACAACAACUGCUGCACCAUCAACUACAACAACAGCACCUCACACCUCCACAACUGCAGCACUAACCACCACAUCUGCUCCACCAACCACUACAACUUCGGGACCAACCACCACAGCAACAACAUCACCUCCCACCACCACAACUGCAGCACUAACCACCACAUCUGCAGCACAAAAAACCACAACUGAUGCACAAACAACCACAGCAUCAACCACCAGAACCGCAGCACCAACAACAACCACAGCACCAACGACCAUAACUGCAGCACCAACGACAACUGAAGAACCAACCACAGCACUUCCCACCACCACAACUGCAGCAGCAACAACCUCAACUGCUGCACUAACAACUGCUGCACUAACUACAACUUCAGCACCAACCACCACAACUACAGUAGCAACAACAACGGCUGCACCAACCACCACCACAAUUUCAGCAUCAAUGACAACUUCAGCACCAACCACCACAACUACAGCAGUAACAACAAUUGCUGCGCCAUCAACUACAACAACAGCACCUCACACCACCACAACUGCAACACUAACCACCACAUCUGCAGCACAAACAACCACAACUGAUGCACAAACAACCACAGCAUCAACCACCAGAACCGCAGCACCAACAACAACCACAGCACCAACGACCAUAACUGCAGCACCAACGACAACUGCAGAACCAACCACAGCACUUCCCACCACCACAACUACAGUAGCAACAACAACGGCUGCACCAACCACCACCACAAUUUCAGCAUCAAUGACAACUUCAACACCAACAACAACAGCACCUCCAACCACAACUACAGUACUAUUCACCACAACUACAUCACCACCAACAACAACCACUACAGCUGCAGCACCAACAACCACCCCAACUGCAGAACCAACUACAACGCCAACAGCUGCAACUCCAACCACCACAACUACAUCACAAACAACCACAGCAUCAACCACCAUAACCACAGCACCAACGACCAUAACUGCAGCACCAAAGACAACUUCAGCACCAACCACCACAACUACAGCAGUAACGACAACUGCUGCACCAUCAACCACAACAACAACAGCACCUCCCACCUCCACAACUGCAGCAAUAACCACCACAUCUACUCCACCAACCACUACAACUUCGGCACCAACUACUACAACUGCAGCAACAACAACAACCAAAGUGUCAACGACCACAACCGCAGCACCAAUAACCACAACUGCUGCACUAAUGACCACAUUUGCACCAUCAACCACAACAACAACAGCACCUCCCACCACCACAACUGCAGCACUAACCACCACAUCUGCUCCACCAACCACUACAACUACAGGACCAACCACCACAACAGCAGCACCGACAUCAACUGCAGAACCAACCACAGCACUUCCCACCACCACAAGUGCAGCAGCAACAACCUCAACUGCUGCACUAACAACAACUUUAGCACCAACCACAACUUCAGCACCAACCACCACAACUACAGUAGCAACAACAAUGGCUGCACCAACCACCCCCACAAUUUCAGCAUCAAUGACAACUGCAACACCAACAACAACAGCACCUCCAACCACAACUACAGUACUAUUCACCACAACUACAUCACCAACAACAACAACCACUACAGCUGCUGUACCAACAACAACAACUGCAGCACCAACAACCACCCCAACUGCAGAACCAACUACAACGCCAACAGCUGCAACUCCAACCACCACAACUGCAGCACAAACAACCACAACUGAUGCACAAAUAACCACAGCAUCAACCACAAUAACCACAGCACCAACAACAACCACAAGACCAACGACCAUAACUGCAGCACAAACAACAACUUCAGCACCAACCACCACAACUACAGCAGUAACAACAACUGCUGCACCAUCAACUACAACAGCACCUCACACCUCCACAACUGCAGCACUAACCACCACAUCUACUCCACCAACCACUACAACUUCGGGACCAACCACCACAGCAACAACAUCACCUCCCACCACCACAACUGCAGCACUAACCACCACAUCUGCAGCACAAAAAACCACAACUGAUGCACAAACAACCACAGCAUCAACCACCAGAACCGCAGCACCAACAACAACCAUAGCACCAACGACCAUAACUGCAGCACCAACGACAACUGCAGAACCAACCACAGCACUUCCCACCACCACAAGUGCAGCAGCAACAACCUCAACUGCUGCACUAACAACAACUUUAGCACCAACCACAACUUCAGCACCAACCAGCACAACUACAGUAGCAACAACAACGGCUGCACCAACCACCACCACAAUUUCAGCAUCAAUGACAACUUCAACACCAACAACAACAGCACCUCCAACCACAACUACAGUACUAUUCACCACAACUACAUCACCACCAACAACAACCACUACAGCUGCUGUACCAACAACAACAACCACUACAGCUGCUGUACCAACGACAACAACUGCAGCACCAACAACCACCCCAACUGCAGAACCAACUACAACGCCAACAACUGCAACUCCAACCACCACAACUGCAUCACAAACAACCACAGCAUCAACCACCAUAACCACAGCACCAACAACAACCACAAGACCAACGACCAUAACUGCAGCACAAACGACAACUUCAGCACCAACCACCACAACUACAGCACUAACCACCACAUCUGCUCCACCAACCACUACAACUUCGGGACCAACCACCACAGUAACAACAUCACCUCCCACCACCACAACUGCAGCAUUAACCACCACAUCUGCUCCACCAACCACUAAAACUUUGGCACCAACCACCACAGCUGCAGCAACUACAACAACCAAAGCGUCAACCACCACAACUGCACCACCGACAACCACAACUGCUGCACUAAUGACCACAUUUGCACCAUCAACCACACCAACAACAGCACCUCCCACCACCACAACUGCAGAACCAACCACACCACUUCCCACCACCACAACUGCAGCAGUAACAACCACAACUGCUGCACUAACAACAACUUUCGGACCAACCACAACUUCAGCACCAACCACCACAACUACAGUAGCAACAACAACAGCUGCACCAACCACCACAACUACAGUACUAAUCACCACAACUACAACACCAACAACAACAACCACUACAGCUGCUGUACCAACCACAACAGCUACAGCAACAACCAAUGAACCAACAACCACAACUGCAGGACAAACAACCACAACUACUGCACCAACGACAACUGCAGAACCAACUACAAUGCCAACAACUGCAACUCCCACCACCACAACUGCAGCACAAACAACCACAACUGAUGCACAAACAACCAUAGCAUCAACCACCACAACCACAACACCACCAACAACCAUAGCAUCAACCACCACAACCACAGCACCACCAACAACCACAGCAACAACGACCAUAACUGCACCAAAACCGACAACUUCAGCACCAACCAUCAUAACUACAGCAGUAACAACAACUACUGCACCAUCAACCACUACAACUUCGGGACCAACCACCACAACUGCAGCAACAACAACCAAAGCAUCAACCACCACAAAUGUAGCACCAACAACCAUAACUGCAGCACCAACCACCACAACAGCAGCACCAAUCACAACACCUGCUGCAUUGACAACAACUGCUGCACUAACAACUGCAGCAAAAACCAUAACAACUGUUGAACAAACAACAACCACAACUGCACUAGCAACAACCACAACAUCAACCACGACAACCACAGCACCAACAACAACUAAAGCACCAACCACCUCAACACCAGCACCGACUGCAUUACCAAAAGACACAACUGCAACACCAACCACAACUGCAGCACCAACAACCACAACAACUGCAUUACCAACAGCAACAACUGCAGCACCAACAACAACAACUGCUGCACUUCCAACAACAACUUCAGCAACAACCACAACUGCUCCAACAGCAACAACUAUAACUGUUGAACAAAUAACAACCACAACUUCCCCACCUACAACCACAACUACAGCACUAACCACCACAGCUGCAGCACCAACAACCACAUCUGCAGCACCGACGACAACAGCACCUGCGACCACCACAACUGCUUCAUUAAUCCCCACAACUGCAACACCAACAACAACAACUGGAGCAGUACCAACCAUGACUGCUUCACCAACCACCACAACUGCAGCAACAACCACCACAUCUGCUCCACCAACCACCACAACUGCAGCAACAACCACCACUUCUGUUUCACCAACCACUACAACUGCGAAACCAACCACCACAACCACAACUACAGCAGCAACUGCUGAAGCAACAACUACAACUGCAGCACAAACAACCACAACUACAGCAAUAACAACAACUGCUGCCCCAACCACCACAACCGUAGCCCCAACAACCACAACUACAGCAUCAACAACAACUGUAGCAACAACAACUGCAGCAACAACCACCACAUCUUCUCCUCCGACCACCACAACCAAAGCACAAACAACCACAACUACAGCAAGAACUGCUGAAGCAACAACCACAACUGCAGCACCGACCACAGCAGCUAGCACCACUUCAACUGCAGCAAUAACAACUGCUGCACCAACCACCACAACUGCAGAACCAACAACCACUUCUACAGCACUAACAACUGCAGCAAAAACAACCACAAUGUCUUCAACAACAACCUCAACAACUACAGCAAAAACUGCAGUACCAGCAACCACAACUACAGCCCCAUCCACAACAGCUGCAGCACCAACCAUAACUGCAGGACUAACAACAUCUGCUCACAAACCCACAACUGCAGCACCAGCAACAACUAUUGCAUCAUUCUCAACUGCAUCACCAACAACAGCACCUCCCACCACUACAACUGCAGCACCACCAUCAACUGCAGCACUAACAACUGCACCUGCUACCACCACAACUUCAGCACUUGUGACUACAAUAACCGCAGCACAAAAAACUACAACUGCUGCACCAAUAACCACAACUGCAGCACCAACAUCCACAACUACUGCACUAACAACACCUUCAGCACCAACCACAACAACUGCAGCACCGCCAACAACAGCACCUCUCACCGCAACUGCUGCCACAACAAUAGCACAAACAAUCACAACUGCAGCAGCAACCGCUGAACCAAUAUCCACAACAGCACCAACAACAACCUCCACUGCAGCACCAACCACAACUGCAGCACAAACAAUGACAACUGCUGCAGCAGCAAUAACUACAGCAUCAAUGACAACUGCUGCACAAACAACCACAACUACAGCACCAACCAUCACAACCACAGUACCAACAUCGACAACUGCUGCACCAAUCACCAUUGCAGCACAAACAAUCACAACAACAGAUCCAACCAGAACAACUACAGCAUCAACAAUCACCACUACACCACUAACAACUGUUGCGCAAAUAACCACAACUGCAGUACGAACCACUACAACAGCAGCACCAACUGCAAUACCAACCACCACAAGUGUAGCACCAACAACCAGUAGUGCUUCUAGUGUUAGAAUGUUCAUACUUCAGGUCUUGGUUUCACUUUUUGUUGUCAUUUAUCAGAUUCCAGAGAAACUAACCUGUAGGAUCCACCUGAACAUCACCAUGAAGCUGAUUGUUUCCCUAACUUUUAUCUGGGCACUGUACACUACAGCUGGAGCCCUGACAUGUAUGACCUGCACAGACAAGACAUGUUCAAGCACAGUACCACUAACAUGUGGCUCAGAGACCAUGUGUAUAACAGCUACCAUACGAGCUACUCAACCUGGAAUUUCAGUAACACAGCUCUACAAAGCCUGUGCAGCUUCCUCUCUGUGUCCGGCUACAGCCUCUUCAACAUUUUCAGUCAACUUGGGAUCCCAAAGUGCAAUUGCAUCUGCUCAGUGCUGCAACACAGACAACUGCAACUCACAGAUUCUGGAUGCCCCCAGUCUUCAGCCCGCUAGCUCUCUUCAAUGCCUUGUUUGUGACCCCACAACAUCUCAGUGCACCACUCCAAUAACCUGUUCAGGAGAUGAGACCAACUGCUUCUCUGCAACUUUGAACGAUGGAACAAGCACAUUUCCUGCGCUGGGUUGUGCAUCACCAAACACCUGUACAGCUGCUUCAGAUCUGGGAAGUUUGCCGUUCAUGCAGAGUGUUGGUUCAAUCACCAGUGGACCAAUCUGCUGUACAGGCAGUUUGUGCAAUAAUCCUAGUAUAACCACCACAGCUGCACCAACUACUACCCCAGCAUCAACUACUACAAUCACGACCCCAGCACCAACUACUGCAACCACUACCCCAGCACCAACUACUACAACCACUACCCCAGCACCAACUACUGCAACCACUACCCCAGCACCAACUACUACAACCACGACCCCAGCACCAACUACUACAACCACGACCCCAGCACCAACCACUACAACCACUACCCCAGCACCAACGACUGCAACCACUACCCCAGCACCAACUACUACAACCACAACCCCAGCACCAACUACUACAACCACUACCCCAGCACCAACCACUACAACCACUACCCCAGCACCAACGACUGCAACCACUACCCCAGCACCAACUACUGCAACCACUACCCCAGCACCAAUUACUACAACCACGACCCCAGCACCAACUACUACAACCACGACCCAAGCACCAACUACUGCAACCACUACCCCAGUACCAACUACUACAACCACAACCCCAGCACCAACUACUGCAACCACUACCCCAGCACCAACUACUACAACCCUAACCCCAGCACCAACUACUCACCAACUACUGCAACCACUACCCCACACCAACUACUACAACCACGACCCCAGCACCUACUACUGCAACCACUACCCCAGCACCAAUUACUACAACCACGACCCCAGCACCUACUACUACAACCACGACCCCAGCACCUACUACUGCAACCACUACCCCAGCACCAACUACUCACCAACUACUACAACCACGACCCCUGCACCAACUACUACAACCACAAACCCAGCACCAACUACUACAACCACAACCCCAGCACCAAUUACUACCACUACCCCACCAACUACUGCAACCACUACCCCAGCACCAACUACUACAAUCACUACCCCAGCACCAACUACUACAACCACUACCCCAGCACCAACUACUACAACCACUACCCCAGCGCCAACUACUACAACCACUACCCCAGCACCAACGACUGCAACCACUACCCCAGCACCAACUACUACAACCACAACCCCAGCACCAACUACUACAACCACGACCCCAGCACCAACUACUACAACCACAACCCCAGCACCAAUUACUACCACUACCCCAGCACCAACUACUGCAACCACGACCCCAGCACCAACUACUACAACCACGACCCCAGCACCAACUACUACAACCACGACCCCAGCACCAACUACUACAACCACGACCCCAGCACCAACUACUGCAACCACUACCCCAGUACCAAUUACUACAACCACGACCCCAGCACCUACUACUACAACCACAACCCCAGCACCUACUACUGCAACCACUACCCCAGCACCAACUACACCUACUACUGCAACCACUACCCCAGCACCAACUACUACAACCACUACCCCAGUACCAAUUACUGCAACCACUACCCCAGCACCAACUACUACAACCACGACCCCAGCACCAACUACUACAACCACUACCCCAGCACCAACUACUACAACCACAACCCCAGCAUCAAUUACUACCACUACCCCAGCACCAACUACUGCAACCACUACCCCAGCACCAACUACUACAAUCACUACCCCAGCACCAACUACUACAACCACUACCCCAGCACCAACUACUACAACCACUACCCCAGCGCUAACUACUACAACCACUACCCCAGCACCAACUACUACAACCACGACCCCAGCACCAACUACUACAACCACUACCCCAGCACUAACUACUACAACCACUACCCCAGCACCAACUACUACAACCACAACCCCAGCACCAAUUACUACCACUACCCCAGCACCAACUACUGCAACCACGACCCCAGCACCUACUACUACAACCACUACCCCAGCACCAACUACUACAACCACUACCCCAGCACCAACUACUACAACCAUUACCCCAGCACCAACUACUACAACCACUACCCCAGCACCAACUACUACAACCAUUACCCCAGCACCAACUACUACAACCACGACCCCAGCACCAACUACUACAACUACUUCCCCUGCACCAACUACUACAACCACGACCCCAGCACCAACUACUACAACCACUACCCCAGCACCAACUACCACAACCACUGCAUCUUCAACUGUUGCAGCCACCACCACAUCAACCACCAGUGAUGCAUCUAGCUUCAGUCUUGGUCUUCUCCAUCUGAUUCUUGGAUUUUUUAUCUUUAUCAUUUAGCAACUUCACAAGAAAUUAUGGUUGUCCUACCUGAACAGAUGUAAAAAAAAAAAAAGUAAAGCCAAAGUUUUUUGAAGACUUGCUAUUUACCGCUGAACAAAAUGAAAAAAACAGUGUAACUUUAGUUUACAUUUAAAAUACUAUUUAAUAAAACAACCUAGUUAAAUAUGUAUUUUAUUAAAUACA